CACGCUUCCCUUCAUGGUUCCUCUAGCAGGCGCAGCGGAGCCACAGGGCGCUCCCGUUAAGGACCUUUGAGUAUAACACUCUGGAAAAGGCGCCUGGCAGCGGCGACGCAGACAGGGCUGAAGCAGAAGCGCACAGAAUAUGUGUGGAAUGACUUCUGAGGUUGUUGGUUCUUCCUUUAUAAUAGUCUCAGGGAGCUUUGCAAUUGUCUAGCAACUUCAUUGAGCUAGUUCAAGAUGAACUUCAUCGAAGCCAGUUCAAUUACCGCAGCCCCAUUGAACUUUAACCUGGACUUCAGAAAUGCCACCUCUGUGCCUUUGAAUGAAACUGUAUGUGAAAAUUGGAGAGAGAUCCAUCACUUGGUUUUUCAUAUGGCCAAUAUUUGUUUUGCAGUUGGGUUGGUUAUUCCAACUACUUUUAAUCUCCAUAUGAUUGUUUUACGAGCUAUGUUGACAAUGGGGUGUGUACUUUUUAUCAUCUGGGCAGCCCUUUUUCGUUGUGCUGUGGAUAUGGUAAUCUGGAAUGCGGUAUUCCUUGUUGUCAAUCUUCUGCAUUUUAUAUACUUGCUGUACAAGAGGAGGCCGAUAAAAAUAAAUAAAGAGCUCAGUAGCCUAUACAAGAGAAUGUUUGAACCACUCCAUGUUCCUCCAGAGCUAUUCCAAAGAUUGACAGGACAGUUCUGCAAUAUUCAGACUCUAAAAACAGGUCAAACAUAUGCUGCAGAAGAUAAAACGUCAGUGGAUGAACGAUUAAGUAUUCUACUAAAAGGAAAAAUGAAGGUCUCCUAUAGAGGACAUUUUCUGCAUAAUAUUUACCCAUGUGCCUUUAUAGAUUCUCCUGAAUAUCGAUCAACUCAGAUGAAUCGGGAUGAGAAAUUCCAGGUGUCAAUUACUGCUGAUGAUAACUGCAAAUUCUUAUGUUGGUCCAGAGAGAGACUUGCAUAUUUUUUAGAAUCAGAGCCAUUUCUUUUUGAAAUAUUUAAGUAUCUUAUUGGAAAGGAUAUUACAAACAAGUUAUACUCAUUAAAUGAUCCAACCCUAAGUGAUAAGACAUCCCAAAAAAUAGAUCGCCAGCCCAGUCUGUGUUCCCAACAAUCUGUGAUGCAAAUGAGGAAUAGCAUGGCAAGUUCAAGUGAUAGUGAAGACGGAUUACAACAUUUUCUCCGUGGAACUUCUACUGCAUCUACCCUUCGCCAACCAUCUCCUUGUUUAAGAACAUCAUCCAAAAUGAAACCAAUUGAAGAAAGUGUGGAAGACGAUGUCUUUGAAGCUUCAUCUGCCACACCAUUUAAAGGUCAUGAGUGACUUCACAGGACAUUCAUGCAUUUGUUCAGAAGAAUUGCAACUAUAGAUGAUGGCUUUGUUAUUUGUGUUUUAAUUGUAUCCGUCUUUUGACUUUGUAGUCAAUCUAUGAGCAAACUUUUACCAAUCACUCAAACUAUAGUAACCUCCACUCCAACAAUCGUGUUUGUUUCACUACAACUAAAAGACCUGUUUGGGGCCUCUUUAUGCUUGAAUGAAUAGAAUAUGAGGAAUGGAGGAACUAUAUAUACAUAGGGCAUUUAUGCACACAUCUGGCUCCUGUUCUAAAGUAAAUGACAGCUUUCACAGCAACUGGAGAGCUACAUAUGCAUUAGCCUAGGCCAGGGCUGUUAAACUCAUGGCCCACAGGCCAAAUGCAUCAUGCACUGGCCACGCCCAUGCCUGGUUUAGUGUAGGGAGAAAAGUCUCGAUACGUCACAUGAUGCCACUGUGACAAUGCUGGUUUGACAUCCCUGGCCUAGGCACGUAAGAGUGUUAACAUUCAAUUAUAUUGCAAUGAACCAGGUGGAUUAUAUGGAAAGUAAUCCCAGUAAAAUAUAUGUUCAUUUUAGCUUUUUAGGCAGUAAGUAGGAUAUGAUUCUAAAGAGACUUAGCAGUGAUACAUCUGCACAAUAUGGAAAAUGUAGGUUUACUACAGUAUUGACCUGUAUCUCUUAAAUAUCAAAAUUCUGGCAGCAGUAACUUGUUAAAUUAGCACGGGAGAGGUAGUUUCUAGCAUCCUUUCCUGUCUUGAAUUGGAAAAUGAUUACUAUUGUCAAAAACAAAAGUUCUGAUUAGGUAUUGUGUAGUAUGCCACUCACAUUCUGGCAUGUGUAUAAGUGAGCAGUUCUCAUUUUUCCUCAUUUAUGGUGUCAGUAGGGUUGAUUCUAGGCAUACUUUUACACAUAAUUCUCUCUUGGUGGACUGGAAUCAAUAAUGUUACAAUCAGUAGUGAUUAUAGUUCUUUCUGAUCAGUUCAUGUAUGUAUGUAUAUAAUUAUAUAUAUGCCUUUAGGAGUGGCACAAGUGUGUUCAAAUAUUCAAAUAAAGGUGUCUAUUGUAAUUAAAUUUGAAGCCUAAGUUAUUAGUAACUUUAAAAUAGUAGACACCUUUCAAUGUCAUUUAUUUAUUGAAUUUAUUGGUGAUUGUUUUUAUUAUAUUUAUUUAGUGAAAAUUUGAUACUAACAUCACUGAGUUAUAAACUAACCCUAUUUUAUAUAGCAAUAAGCAAGCAUACUUCCUAAAAACAGAAGCCAUCCAAGCUUACUAUUCUUUUAAAGUUUAUAUUGAUGUAGGAUUACUGGCACCAAAGUUAAAUUGAAUUUACAUGGCAUAAAAAUAAUGGAAAGUUUGAGAUGGUCUCUUUCCAUCUUACUCCAUUCUAAAAUGUAUUGGGAAGAUAGUCUUCCCCCCUUGAAGGAGAUGGGCCAUCUAAAAAUAUGAAAUACAAAUAAAUUAAAUAAAUACUGUGAGCAUAAAUAAUAAACACUUGUUUACUAUUUACUUGUUUGUUUAUUAUUUAUUAUGAAUAAUAAAUGAUAAACACUUCUGUUCCCAUUUUUUAAAACUUUACAAUACAGUGCUUAAUAUUUUUCACUGAAAGUGGUGAUAAAUAACAGUGUUUAAUUUUAUUGUAAUUAUAGCUGAUUCAGAAAAUAACUAGAAAUAGUCAUCUAUGGAGCUUGCACUGACAAGUAUCUUAAGGAAAAAGCUCUAAAGUAAAAGAAAAUACAUUUGUUAUGACAGAUGGCUGUAAAAUCAGCAAUUAUUUAUGUGAUAGCUAUCUUUGAAGAUCUUUGUAUACUGCACAGCUUUUGAAAACUGAAGUUUAGUAUUAAAAAUUCAAUGGUCAGUUUGUGACAUGGAACAAGUUUAUUUUUCUAGGUAUUUAAGUCUUUUGAUAAGAUGUUGCCAUAGUUGUAUCGCUGAUAAAAUCAUUAUUAUUAUUAUGGAAAAACUUUACAGUUAUACAAUUCAGACAUUGUAAGAACUAGACUGGAUAAACCAAAACAAUUUUUUAAAACUGUGAAUUUACUAUGGUGCCAUUAUAAUUCACUGUUAUGAUUUCUAAUCAACUUGAACUGGGUUGAAUGUUUCAAACCUGAACAUAGGAGAAUAAAUGUCUUUAACUUUUUGGUACAAUAAAACUGUUAAAAGAAACAAAGUGUUUCUCUAUAUAAGCUUCCCUUCCAAUAGCCAAGCAACAGUUAUCAUGGCCUGUAUGUGCGAUUCUCAUGGUACCAUGGCUAUAUUUUUAACCAUUCAGUGAAAUUAACCUUUUUGGCUGUAAUGGAUUUUUCCAAUGAAUUCACUCCAGCAUUAGAAAUUACAUUCGGUUAUUGACAGGUUUGCCAUUAACAUUACCAAAUUAUAUGUUAACAUUAACGCUGCACAUAAUUGGUUAGUCAUAAAAAACAUUGCUAUUUUGCCUGUUUCCUUUUCAAAUUUGCCUGGUUAAAUUUAUGGAUUUCCCUGCAACAAUGUGUAAUAAAAUUUUUCAAUAAGCCUCA